AAUGUCACCUUUUAUUAAGUAGUGUAUGUGUGACCUUGAGUUAUUCAAUCAAGGUCACACAUACACGACUAAGAGGCAGCACAGGGAACAAACCCAGGUCGGGUCUGGCUCUAUGGCCCAUUGUCUUAGCGAGGAGGGCUCAGUCUGAGGUUCACCUUGGGCUUCACUUACAGGCCCUGCUUAAAGAGGGGGAAGAGGAAAGGAGAGCACGACCCACGUCUCUCAAGCACUACACACCCUCAUUGUGACAACACGCCCAUGCAGGGCCCUGGCCGGUAGGGCCCCCACUGAUACAGUCUGGAGAUUCCCAUGACUGUCCCCUCAAGCGUACACAUCAUAUUUUAUCCCCAUUUUGCCAAUGAGGAAACUGAGACCCAGGUAGUUACAGUGACGUCCUCACAGUCGCGUGGCUCGUGAUAAGACUGGGACCCUGGGCUUCUGGUGUGGUCCCAGACUGUACUACCCCAGCAAGAUUUCAAUGAGAAGGAUCUGCCGGAGGCUCUGGGCAAUGACCCCGGGACUCCAGGCCAGAGGGGUCUGAAGCCGUUUGGGAAAGCAGCAGGACUCCUUGGGAAGAUGGCCAUGGCCCCAAGCCCUUCCCUGGUGCAGGUGUACACCAGCCCCGUGGCUGUGGCCGUGUGGGAAUGGCAGGACGGGCUGGGCACCUGGCACCCCUACAGCGCCGCCGUCUGCAGCUUCAUCGAGCAGCAGUUUGUCCAGCAGAAGGGCCAACGCUUCGGGCUCGGGAGCCUGGCCCACAGCAUCCCCUUGGGCCAGGCAGACCCCUCGCUGGCCCCUUACAUCAUUGACCUCCCCAGCUGGACCCAGUUCCGCCAGGACACCGGCACCAUGAGGGCUGUGCGGAGACACCUGUUCCCCCAGCACUCAGCCCCUGGCCGAGGUGUCGUCUGGGAGUGGCUGAGCGACGAUGGCUCCUGGACCGCCUACGAAGCCAGCGUCUGUGACUAUCUGGAGCAGCAGGUGGCCAGGGGCAACCAGCUCGUGGACUUGGCCCCGCUGGGGUACAACUACACUGUCAACUAUGCCACCCAAACGCAGACCAACAAGACUUCCAGCUUCUGCCGCAGUGUGCGGCGCCAAGCAGGGCCGCCUUACCCGGUGACCACCAUCAUCGCUCCGCCGGGCCACACGGGCGUUGCCUGCUCUUGCCACCAGUGCCUCAGCGGCAGCGGAACUGGCCCCGUGUCAGGCCGCUACCGCCACUCCAUGACCAACCUCCCUGCGUACCCCGCCCCCCAGCACCCCCCGCACAGGACCGCUUUUGUGUUUGGGACCCACCAGGCCUUUGCACCGUACAGCAAACCCUCACUCUCCGGGGCUCGGUCUGCGCCCAGGCUGAACACCACCAACCCCUGGGGCGCGGCUCCUCCCUCCCUGGGGAGCCAGCCCCUCUACCGCUCCAGCCUCUCCCACCUGGGACUGCAGCACCUGCCCCCAGGAUCCUCCACUUCUGGUGCAGUCAGUGCCUCCCUCCCCAGCGGUCCGUCCUGCAGCCCGGGGAGCAUCCCUGCCACUGUGCCCGUGCAGAUGCCAAAGCCCAGCAGAGUCCAGCAGGCGCUCGCAGGCAUGACGAGUGUUCUGAUGUCAGCCAUUGGACUCCCCGUGUGUCUUAGCCGCGCACCCCAGCCCGCCAGCCCUCCCGCCUCCCGUCUGGCCUCUAAAAGUCACAGCUCAGUUAAGAGAUUGAGGAAAAUGUCCGUGAAAGGAGGGACCCCGAAGCCAGAGCCACAGCCAGAGCAGGUCAUAAAAAACUACACGGAAGAGCUGCAAGUGCCCCCAGAUGAGGACUGCAUCAUCUGCAUGGAGAAGCUGUCCGCAGCAUCUGGGUACAGCGACGUGACUGACAGCAAGGCCAUCGGGCCCCUGGCUGUGGGCCGCCUCACCAAGUGCAGUCACGCCUUCCACCUGCUGUGCCUGCUGGCCAUGUACUGCAAUGGCAACAAGGAUGGAAGUCUGCAGUGUCCCUCCUGCAAAACCAUCUAUGGAGAGAAGACAGGGACCCAGCCCCAGGGAAAGAUGGAGGUAUUACGGUUCCAGAUGUCGCUCCCUGGCCACGAGGACUGCGGGACCAUCCUCAUAGUUUACAACAUUCCCCAUGGCAUCCAGGGCCCUGAGCACCCCAAUCCCGGAAAGCCGUUCACUGCCAGAGGGUUUCCCCGCCAGUGCUACCUUCCAGACAAUGCCCAGGGCCGCAAGGUAAGUGCCACUACGCGCCCCAGGGGUGAACAGGGCCCUGACCACGCAGCGGGAGGCCAGACGCCACACUGGGCUCUACUACUGCAGUGGAGGACAGAGGCUGAGGCUGGGCUGGGUGUCUGCUGCUCUUUUCUGGGGACCUGCUGUAGGUACAGGGAGGGCAGCCUGGACCUCACAGAGCCUCGAGGGAGGAGGAGAGGCCAUCGCCUUCCAGCACCCUGCUGGGUGGGGUCAGGAGCUCCUGAGAAUCAGAGUGUGACAGGGAGGGACCGGGGGCUGUGUUAGACCCGGUGACCAAGGAAGGCUGGAGCAGUCGUGUCUGCCCUGAGACCUGAAUAGGGACUUUGCGACUGCAGAGAAGGCUGGGGAUGAGCCUUCCAGGCAGGCAGGACAGCUGUCGAGGAGGGUGGGAGCCCGUGGUGAGGGCGUGAAGGCAGGGCCAUCCCCCAGGCCAGCCCCAGGGGUAGAGCUGGUUCUGAGCGCCCAGGGAAGCCACGGAGGUGGAGCUGCUGAUGGAGCUUUGGAAAAGCUCCUCUGGCCGUGUGAGAAUGGGCUCGAGGUGGCGGAGCUGGAGGUGAGGAGAGGGCAGGGAGGCCUGGAUUCCACCAGGGAGGGUGGACGGGCAGGCGCUCGUCCAGCACCGGCUCUGGAAGCAGGGAGGACUCGAGCAUGGUGCCUGGGCAUCAGGACCAAACGAUGGCAGUGGCCGGCACCGAGGCAGGGUGGGCUGGAGCCCAGGCUUCUGUGGGAUCCUAAUGUACUGUCCAGUGGGCAGUUUUGGGUUCCCUGCAGAUGGGGUGAGUGCCAGGGAGUGGAUGAGGUCACCCGGGAGGGGCUGGGAUGGGAAGAACAUGGUGCCAGCCUGUGCCUGCUCACUGAGCCCCUCUCACUUCCCGUUCCCUGCUUCCUCUUCCCCCUCCUCCUCCCC